AUGCACCCAAAAAUUCCGCUGCUAAAUGAAGAGCAGUGCUGGCAGUCGCUGUCCAAAGGUACUAUUACCGUGCCCCUAGUGCAUGUUGUGUGUCUUCUAGCAGCCAAAGAUGCUGCGGCGGAGAAGCAUCUGAAGCUUCUCCAAUCCCAAGACACUCCUCUUUACGCGCGGGAGCUCUGCGGUCAGCUGUACACGUCCCUCUCAGCAGCCCUGAAUUGGUGCGCCGCGUUGGGGAAGCUCACCCUCAUUCGCAUCCUCGGUCUGCUCCAGGAAGGAAGCGAAGGCGUGGAAGGCGCAUCCAGCUACAUUGCACUGGCUAUCCACAAACGCCCAGUCGCUAGCCCCCCACUUGCCUAG